CUGGUAUCCAAGAUAAUUUCGUUUCUUUUUCGUCAUUAUGGGUGUUACAUGUCUGGUGCGAUGGAAGAAUGCGACUGGAAUGCGUGACUUUACGUACAUUGCUGAACAUGUCACGAAAACGCUUCAUGGCAAAAAUACAGGACCUUGGUCUCUUUCCUUUAAAGUGUUUCGAGACAUCAACUCACAAGGGAUGCAACAGCAGCAAGCACCUCCACCCACACCGUCAUCAACAACAACAACAACAAAUACAACAACAACAACAACAACAUCAUCGUCACAACCCACACCCGCAUCGUCAUCACAGCCACCACCGUCCUUAAAAUCACAACCCGCUUCCUCGCAUGCGUAUACCAAAGAGAGCAAACUACUGUAUCAGGUCUCUUUAGCACAACAACCCAAACACGUCUAUUGUAUGGUGGAGGGCAGUGUGGUGAUUGAGGCAGAAAAGGAGCUGGAACUGAUUCUGUUACGAUUAAAGAAUCUAUGGCAGUUGAGACAGAGCGUGACCAUUGAAGGGACCAGUUAUGACAUUGGCGACUUUACAUUGAGAGUAGCCAAUAUUUUACUAGGAUCGACUUACAAAGGCUUACUAUUAGAAAUUGAAUAUCAUCCAUGUUCCACGCCGAAUAGGACGCGUCAGUUAUUGGAAGAGUUUAUCGCAUCGAUUGUACCCUCUUCAGCACAAUUAUCCUGCGAAUAUGAAUACAACUUUGAACAAGUAGGACUGAGUGGUCAUGAAUUCACCAUUGCUCACACCAGUUACCAAUAUAUGCAUCUCUUUAGAAAUGACGGCCUUUUUUAAAACAAUAAAUACCCCCUCACCCUCCCCACGAUCCGAUGAGAAAAGAAAUAAAAAUGCCAAUGGGGUUUUUUUUUUUGUAUCAC